UCACUGUUGACGCAGGAAGCGCGCGGCGGAAGUCUCGCGUGUUUUUCUGCGCCUGCGCAGGAGCGCUUCUUCCUUUCCUUCAUCCCGAUCGAGAGAGACGAGAUGGGCCAUCAGCAGCUCUACUGGAGUCACCCGAGAAAAUACGGCCAGGGAUCCCGAUCCUGCCGGGUUUGCUCAAACAGACACGGUCUGAUCCGUAAGUACGGACUCAACAUGUGCCGCCAGUGCUUCAGACAGUACGCUAAAGAUAUCGGCUUCGUCAAGCUGGACUAAACUCGUGACAGAUGGACUUCUGUGAUCAGCUCACCAUCCUGACAUCAUGAAGUUAUUCUGGAACAUUCAAUAAACAUUGCUUCUGUUUCUGUUCAGAA